UUUUUGCAUCGAGUCUCAUUUGAAGUGAAUUUCUCAUAAUGACUGAUCAUCGCACGUACGCAAGGUCGCCACGUCCCGCACUUGCCAAUCGACAUGUUCUGUUUAUUUCACGUAAAUUUUUUUUUUUAAAAUUGUGUGUCUUUCUUUCCGAACUGCGUGACUGCCAACACGUCGACCGAAGUCUUAUCAACGUGGAAUACCGCACGUCCCUAAAUAGCACAGGGAAACACCUCAAUAUUACGACCAAUCAGAUUCAACCACAUUACCAAAGUCAAUGUCACGUAGAGUUCACGGUCACUUCGGCGAUAUCAACAACGGUACCCACGUGUAGAUUCCCACAAUUUCGGCAAUCAUAUGUCAACUAAAGACGUGGCACUUUCUAACGUACCCAAAGAACACUACAAGCGAGGUAACAAACUUGUCAUUCUGUCACUGUCUCGCAGGCUGCGCGUGGGGUUGUUGUUCAAACCUGUCCGUGUUUACACUGACAGGCUCGGUUACCUGAAGUGACCCAACGUUAUACAGAUCUGAUGCCACUUAGCUGAAAUAUUGUAAAUAAUAUAUUUAUGCACCGGUCCUCUGUGUAGAUUGCGGAAUAGUUAUCGAAUCAAGGAUGGCGGAACGCUCUGUAUACACCAUCGUGUUAGGCCUAUUCGCUUUAUUUGGGUUCUCGCAUCUUCUAAGUGAACAAGUUUUCCCAGAUCGCAGCAAGCCGCCCGGAUUAAAUGAUCGGCUGAAACUAUGGUGGGCUAAAGAGGUCACUCCAGAUUUCCACGUGGCAGGGCGACUCUCCGAACGCCAGAUAAAGUAUGCUUCAGAGGGAGGUUUCAAAAGCAUACUCUCUCUUUUCAAGUAUGCCGACAACGAGCCGGGAGAUUUCGGGGGUGACUAUCUACCCACAACUAAACAAUCCAGAGAAAUUGCGGAAGAGCAAUGUGGCAUGCAGUUUGAGGCGCUGUUGUCGCCUGAGGAAGACUGGUGUAGUGUUGAUGCGGUUAAAAAGUUAGCUGCAGUUUUACCAAAGUUGAAGAAACCUGUUCUUCUUCACUGUGAUCGGGGAUACACAAUUACGUUUGUUCUUCUCAUGCAUCUAGCAAACCUUACCGCCGUUGAUCCAUCAUUUGAACCAAGGAUUGACAGUUCUAGAUUUUAUGAAAUCACUGCCAGAAUGGGUCUGGAUUUCAGCAUGGAUUUUACCAAAGAAGUUGUUGCCGAAAUUACAGGGGAGCCCAUGGUCAAGAACCCCACUGUGACGAACGCUGAACCCGAGUAUUGGUUGGACUACUGGUUAGGGCACCCUGUGUACAAAAAUUGGUACACGGCCGGACAGAUUACCAAAUCUCACAUUGAGGUGUUGGAGUUCACUGGGUUCAAGUCGGUGAUUAACGUGCGAGCUGGCUUCCAACUAGAGGGGAAGCCAAGUCAAGAAGAGGUGAAUCUUUUAAACAUCCCAGAAAAAACAGGAACAUAUGCCAAGGGUGAUAGCAAACCUCGACAACAUAUCGAACGUCUGGAGGAAACGCGAGUUGACCCCAACAAACCUAACAGUUAUAUCGGACAAGAUUCUAAGACAAAUUAUGAAAGUUCUAAUGCGGAUGAAUUUGGUGAUUCAGUUGGUUUUAAUGCGGAUAUUGAGAAGAAAGCAUUUGCGAAGACAAAACUGAAGCACUAUCACAUGCCUGUGUCAUCGGGGUUGUAUGGACCAUUCUUUGAGAAGAACCUCAAGACUAUUGUCCAGCUGGGAUCUAAAGGUCCUGUGUUGGUCCACUGUGCCAGGGCGACCAGAGCAGCUUAUGUGGCCAUUCUUGGAGCAGCCAUUCAACACAAUCUAAGUUUUGACUGGGCCCUCCAGAGGAGUAGAGAUUUAGGAUUUGCCGUCACGCCCGAAAAACAACCCGAAAUCUAUCAACUAUAUGAAGAGUAUCUCAUCAGGAACAAAAAUCGCUCAACCAAAGAGGAAUUAUAAUCUGUAACCAAACACUGGUUGCCAUGGUAACAGUUGCAUGUUAUUGCAUGAAAGUGGAGUUGAAUAGAAUCUUUUAUAUCUGAAUUGAAUGCAAUUUUUAACAUAUAAGUAACACAAAGUGAUCAUCUGAUGAAUGGCAGAUUCAGUUUGAAUUUGUUGCUCCAAAUCAAUAUGUUUUGCUUUUGGAAAGAUGAGGAGAUGUAAUUACUUAGAUACCGAGUGAGUGAACAGGUUGUAGAAGUCCCAGAGUAGCGUGACAAUAAAUGUCCUUUACAGGGGUGUCAUAAAUCACCGAGGUGUUUGUGAAUCACAAAUAGUCCAUGAUGAUAUGAUACAAGAAAUGCCUAACCAUGUAUCGAUUCAUGUUUUGACUCAAUCGAUAUUUUUAAAGUAAUAUUUUUUAAUUAUAACUUUGUGUGAUAACUCCACCGACUAGUGUUUCCUCACUGCCUUUCACUAAACAUAAUUCUAGUUCUGAUGGUUUAACUAGGGGUGAAACGAUACAGCAAGGUCACAAUACGAUAUGUAUCGCCGCGAUACAUAGGUAACGAUACGUAUCGCGAUACACAUAUUUACAUCAGAUUGCGCUGAAACUUCUUGAGCAUAUUUCGGAGCAUGUUCUAAAGGAAAAGCUAGCUGUAGACACAUGUGCAUAGCUGCUAUUUUCAGUUGUGAACCUGGAACGCUAAUUACAACACAUUUUGUAAUAUUUGACUGACAAUUUCUGGGGGUAAUUAAACGAGUAGUAAGUAAUAUUUUUAGAAAGUGUAUCAUCUUUCAUCAACACAGAAGAAAACUUAAUGAUGUAUUGUUUCAUGAUACACCAGUUGUGCGAGUUGAACACAAACUAGUUGGUUCCAACAACCUCAUUAGCUGGGCCACAUGGACCAUUGAAAUGGUCACGCAAAACUUAAGUAUUGCGAUAUGUAUUGAUAUCGAACAAUAGUUCUAAAAAUUUAGUUAGUGUGAUUGAAGCCAAAAUACAGGAUUUAUGGCAAAGACGUAAUAGAGGUAGAGGGUUUGCAAGAAUUACAUGCUGUAUGCAUAUCGCAACACCAAAGUCCCUUGUGCCUUGAUUCAGCAAGAAAUAUUCCAUGCCCAAGAUAUAUAUGCGCCAAAUGAUUCUACCUCAUGGAAAACCGAUUCCUAUUUUGUCAGUUAAGGUCAAGGUCAAUUGAAACACCAAGUAUCAUGAAUGUAGUCCGGAGCAUUUAGCUGUAGGAGGAUGAAAAUAUACACUCAAUACGAGCACCUCAACAGCAACUACCAAAUUAAGUUGACUUGACAAGUAUACAGAUAAUUUUAUGUCAACGUGUUGCGUACCCUCGUAUACCUGUGACUGUUGUUCCGCCUCCUUCCUGUUCACACAGGCGUUGAGCACAUUCUACAGACAGUGUCACCCAUGGACUGUUCACUAGGGUGGAUGAAACAAAAGACGAAUUCAGUCAUGACUCUCUCUUUUUAUCAUGGGUAGUGGGUCCAUGACAUAUACUACUCAAAGAGUUAAGGAUCACCUGAUUCUUUCAUUAAUCAUGGCAUGACAGAUUGACUGUAGUAAUAUGAAAGAUUUGGAUGGUCCUUCACUUUUGUUUUAGUAGUAUAAGUAAAAGAAAAAGGUUGCUUUAAGUUGUUGAUUUAAUGCUGAAAGAUUUCUGUAACUAAAGGGGUAUCCUACAUGAUUGUACAAAUUCCUACCUCAAUCUCAUUAAGAUCAGAUCUUGGUUUUCGCUACCGCUAAACAAAGCUGAGGACAUCCCAUAAUGGGUCACGUCAGAACGACCUUUUGCGAACUUUAACCGACCAAUGAAAUGACUGAC